GGGGUAUUUAUAUUUUGUACUUCUCUUUUAAUAAUAUAGAUUUAAUUAUGUUGUGUAAGACCAAUUGAAACAGUAAUACAGUAACAUGUGUCACUUGAAGUUAGUAACCGAUCCUUAAAAACUCCAUAGUAAAAACUUUUAUAUACUCUCUCGCCAAUAUUAGUUAUUUUUUCUUUUUUCUUAAAUGGUAAGAAUUCAUUUAAGAGCUUACCGAUGGAACUGUUCUAAAAAAUCACAAUCUUAUAAUAUUAAUAAUAAUAAUAAUUUUUAAGAGAAAUUUUCACCAAUAUCUAUAUUAUUAUUUUUGAAAUUUUCAAAGUUUCAAGAAACCUACUAAUAAAAUAUUAAUAAACUUGUAUCUUUAUUUUGAAAACUUAUAGGGAUUAGUAAUUCUGGCAUUGAUGCUCUUAAAAUACAUGGCAUUAUUUUUAACUCAAAAUAUGUUACUUCAACGUUAUUACAAACCACAAUGAUAUGAUCUUUUUGUCACAAGUACGUCGGCUUUGAAUGGGAAGAUGAAAUAAAAAUGAUAUAUUUGUCCAUGUGGAUCAUCUAUACUUAAGUUUCACCAUUUACGAAAACAUAACAAAAAUGUACGUACGGUUACCAAAAUAAUAAUAUUUUCUUAUUUGUUAGGAACAGUAUUCAGACUGUUUUAGGUGGCUACUGCUUUUUAAUUUUAUGUUUUAUUCUUUUAACAAGAUAUUAUGUUUUAAUAUACUAUAGAACUUUAAUUAUGUUAUAUAAACCAAAUAUAUUAUAUAAAUUUUAUGCUUUGUAUUAAAUUUAUUAUAUUAGUUUCUACGAUUAUUAUUUUUAUUUUAAAUAAAUGUUGAAAUGAGAUAUUAAAUCUUUUUCUGUAUUUUUUUUUAAAUCAGUGUUGUAUUUAAAUUUAUUUUAUAUUUUGAGUAUAACAGUAUAUAUUUAUUAUAUUAAUAAAUUAAGAAUUAAGAAUUCUAAAAAUAACAACUUAUAGUUAUGAAUAUAUUAACAAUGAUAUAAAUUAUUAUAAAGUCAUACAGUAUUUUAAACCAUCUAUUAUUCAUGUUCAAACAUAUAUUUUAAACCAUAGCAUUCAUCUAUAGAUUGAUUUUUGUUUCACUUAGGUUAUGAAUGGUUUCUAGCUACCACCCACGAAAACAUCUUUGCGGUUGGUGGCGGUUGUUGGUGUAUUGCAACAAUAACAUAAAACGCCACAAACCGUUUUACAAUAUUCCAAACUUCUCAAAAUCAAAAGUUGGCUCCAUCUAGCAUUUGCGGUUGCGGACGAUUCUGGGAAGAUAAUUUUUUUUAUUUUUUUGUAAAAAUAAUAUAAAUAUGAAAAUAAAUAAUUUUAGUUACGUUUUUAAAAUUGAGAUGAUAUAAAUACUAAUAUAAAUAAAAAAUUAAAUAAUUUUAAUACUAUGAUUUUUUAAAUAUAAUUCUUAUUAAUUAAAUUUUGUAUAUGUGGGUAAAUCAUUCAAUAAUAAUCCGCAAACGCAACAAUUUUCAAAUAUUGUGCCAAUUAUACGAAACAUUUAACAAUGUCUGAAACUGCAAUCAUCUACUUCCACAAACUCCUCUGCAACCGCAACCGACGUGUUUGAAGUGAGUUGGGUCAGACCUUUACUCCAUCCACUAGAUUCACAAUGCCUAUCCCUAUUUUCCAUCCGAAGCCACGUGUUCGGUAAUAUCAUUUGACUAUUCCAGACAAUGUGUUUGAGGAGAUGAAUUAGAGCACGAGGCCUUGGACGAAAAGUUGAAAAUAAAACUGUAACACUCAGAUGCAAAACUCCAUAAAACCUCUGCCCCCACAUAAGCCGUAUUCACUCAUCAUUAAUGAAUGCUUCAACCACACUACUUACUCACUGUAAGAAACCUCAACAAAAUCAUUUCAAAACUUUAUUCUCUUUCCAAGCUUCAACAUUCCCCAAGAAACACAUAAGACAGCAACCAACUUUUAAUCAAGCUUCUUCUUGUCUGUCGAGUUUCAAAGAGGGGACAAAAAAAGAAAUGGCGAGGAAGAAGAAGAAAGGCAACAACUUUAAGCUACUGACUCUGUUUCUGUUUCUUGGUACAUGCCUUGGAGACUACGGCAUUGGAGUCGGAAUCGGCGACGGUGGAGCUUGGGUCGGCGGCGGCGGAAAGCAACAGACAAAUGCAGCUUACAGUGCUCUUCAAUCCUGGAAAACCGCGAUUACAGAAGACCCAUCUGGUGUUCUCAAGACAUGGGUUGGUGAAGAUGUCUGUUCUUACAAAGGAAUCUUCUGUUCUGGUUCUUCUGUAACCGCCAUCGAUCUAAACAAAGCAAAUCUCAAAGGCACCAUCGUCAAAGACCUCUCUCUUCUCUCAGACUUAACCAUCCUCCAUCUCAACAGCAACAGAUUCUCAGGCCCAAUCCCAGAUUCAUUCAGAGCCUUGGAGUCUCUUCAAGAACUCGAUCUCAGCAACAACAGAUUCUCAGGCUCUUUCCCUCAAGCCACAAUCUACAUCCCUAACCUCAUCUACCUCGAUCUCCGGUUCAACAGUUUCACCGGUUCGGUUCCUGAGAAUCUAUUCAACAAACAGCUAGACGCGAUUCUCCUCAACAACAACCAAUUCACCGGAGAAAUCCCCCGGAAUCUCGGAUACUCAUCCGCAUCUGUGAUUAAUCUGGCGAAUAACAAAUUAUCCGGCGAAAUACCGACGAGUUUCGGUAUAUCCGGUUCGAGAUUGAAGGAGGUUCUUUUAUUGAAUAACCAGUUAACCGGUUGUAUACCGGAAUCGGUCGGGGUGUUUAGCGAAAUUGAAGUGUUUGAUGUUAGUUUCAAUUCGUUGAUGGGUCACGUCCCCGACACGAUCUCUUGCCUGUCGGAGAUCGAAGUUUUGAACUUCGCACAUAAUAAAUUCUCCGGGGAUCUUCCUGAUUUGGUUUGUUCUUUGAGGAAUCUGAUAAAUCUCACCGUUGCUUUCAACUUCUUCUCCGGGUUUAGCUCUGAGUGCUCGAGAGCCAGCGCUGGGUUUGAUUUCACCGGGAAUUGUAUUCCCGGCGUAGGUUAUCAGCGGCCGCGGCCCGAUUGUUCGGUGAUUGCAGGCGGCGCUUUGAGUUGCCUUAGGAUUCCGGCGCAGCCGUUAACGUGCGCUGCGAUCUUGGGAUUGAAGGUGACUUCAUCUCCAUGAAUGAAAAUAUAUAAUUUUUGAGUAUCUUUGUUGCAAGAUUUGUAAUGCUUUGUUGACUUUAUUACCUGGGAUUGAUUGGUUGGGUUGUAGGAAGUGACUCUAUCUUUAAUUUUUAUCUAUAAUCUUAAAUUCUACCAAUUAUGUUUUAUCUUAGUUUUUAAAA